AUGUGGACGGACGUCGAGGCCGAGUACAAGGCCUGCCCCGUGCAGCUUCAGCUCCAGGGCCAGGCAUCACACGCCUCUGCAUCGUGCCCCUCCUGCAUCCGGCGUGACGGCUUCGACAUCCGCCAAACUCCCAGCUCAUCCAAAUCUCAGCCCAACGUACAGAGCUAUUUCGCCUCCAGCACAAGUACCGUUCUUCUGAGCACGGCACUCAUUAAUAUUUGCCACCUGGGGACCAAUUUCCGUGCCCGCGCACUGAUUGACUCAGGCUCCGAGGCGACGUUCAUCACUGAACGUCUCUUUAACAUUAUUAAGCCACCGUUUGAAGCCAUACAGGCUCAAGUCGCAGGUUUAAACCAAACCGUAGUGGCUAAGGCGCAAAGGCACGGUCACUUCAUGAUCGGGGCCGCCUCCAGGCCUGGCCUCAAAAUCGAGACCGUGGCAUAUGUUCUGCCUCAAUUAGCAGGUAACCUUCCCUCAUAUCCGAUAUCGCAGCACUUCUUGGACAAGCUUUCAAACCUUCCGCUGGCAGACCCCUCCUUCCACCGAAGCUCGCAGAUUGAUGUGCAUUUAGGCGCUGACAUCCUUCCUUCUAUCCUGUUGAGCGGCUUCCGGUCUGACAUUUGCGGCUCGCUGCUAGGACAAGAGACCAUCUUCGGAUGGGUCCUAUCCGGUCCGGUAUCAGCUGACUCGACUCGGACGGUUUCCGCCUUCACCACGAAGCUCUCGUUAGAUUCGGACGUCCGACUCGAGAAGCUUCUCACCAAAUUCUGGGAGGUGGAGGACCUUCCGGGGAGAUCGACGAGUGAGUCAGAUUAUGUGUGCGAGGAAAACUUCCGCAAGACCACUAAACGAGGCCCCGAUGGGAGGUAUAUUGUUACUCUCCCUUUCAAGUGUCCAGAAAAUGUCGAUCUAGGACACUCCAGGUGCGCGGCACAGGCCCAGUUCCUUAAAAACGAGCGGCGUCUGCAGCGGAAUUUGCCGCUCAAAGAGCAGUACGACGCCGUUAUCCAGGAAUAUUUAGAGCUAGGCCACAUGACAGCGGUUACACCCAGUCAUGACACCGGCCAUUACUACCUUCCACAUCACGUCGUGUUUAAGCCCGACAGCACCACAACCAAACUGCGCGUGGUCUUCAACGCAUCCAGCCCGUCUUCCAACGGGAAAAGCCUCAACGACACAUUGCAUUCGGGGCCAGUCCUUCAGUCUGACUUGACCACGCAAAUCCUGAGGUGGCGAGUCUUCCGCUAUAUCUUCAAUGCCGACAUCAGCAAUAUGUACCGCCAGAUCCAAGUGUCUUCCCAACACACGCCCUAUCAGCGAAUACUCUUUCGCGACCGUAAUGGGGACGUGUGUGACUACGAGCUUGCCACUGUCACCUUCGGAGUCAAUUGCGCACCGUACCUCGCCCUUCGCGUCAUUAAGCAACUCGCACAAGAGGUGCGCCCACAGUUGCCAAUGGCAAGCGACAUCCUGGAGAGCUACAUGUACGUGGACGACGUGCUGGCUGUUGCUCACACUCAAUCGCAGGCAAUCUCCGCCAUUUCAGAAUUACGCAAAGCGCUCGACUCCGCAGGGUUUCCACUCCGAAAGUGGACAGCGAACCACAAGGGCGUACUGCGCGACAUUCCGGUCGACCACCUACUUCGAGCUGACUUCCUAGAGCUUGACGAAAGUAGCAUCGCUAAGACAUUGGGGAUGCGAUGGCAAGCCAGUGCCGAUGAAUUCUUCUUUGCUCCUCCCGAAGUACUUCAGCGGGAGUCCUGCACGAAGCGCAAUGUGCUAUCGCAGAUUGCGCAGCUGUUCAAUCCAGCGGGAUGGCUUGCCCCCUUUGUCAUCCAAGCCAAAAUGUUCAUGCAGGAAAUUUGGCUAAGAGAGUUAGGGUGGGAUGACGUCCUCCCUAGCGAUCUAUCUCACACCUGGGAGACGUUCCUGAAGAGUUUUCCGGCCAUCCAGGAUAUCCGCAUUCCGCGGUGGUUGCACGUUUGUCCAAUGGCCAAGGUGCAGAUACAUGGCUUCUGCGACGCGUCUCAACGUGCCUAUGGGGCAGCGAUUUACAUCCGAGUUGAGUGA